AUGAUGUUAAAUGACCCACUGUUGUCGCUCUCAGUGCAGAUUUUGCUGUAGAUGUGUAGUUUUUGACACAUGGGUUUGCUUUUGCCUUUAGUAGCCUUCACCUUUUAAAUUAAAAUCUACCCAGGGCCAAAACUGUUCCAGGUUAAAACUACCCAGGGCCAAAAGUGUACAGGACUAAAACUACCUGUCACAUGUCAUCUGUUUCACUUUAAAGGUUUCAACUUUUGUACUAUAGAUUAAUUCAGUAGUGUGUAUAGUGAGGUGUAUGAUGUAUAGUGUUCAUUUAGUUUUGGCUGCACCCACUGUCAGAGAUGCAGCACCAUCUGCUGGAGAAACUCUGAAAUGCGCUGCUUCCAUGACCAGCCGUAAGGGUUCAAAUACUGCUGCUUUCUCGCCACUGAAGGAGAGCAGGUUCUGCUGGUUCUGCGACUAACCCUUUAUGGAAGUACGAAGGAGAUUCAUAGUGACAUUAUCGCUUCCAUGCUAGCAGUCAACUGGAUGGCGAGCGUACUGCUGUGUGACAGAAGAUAGUAGUGACGUCCGGCUGCUGGCCAUCGGAGACUCGUGCUAACAGCUAACGGCUAGGUGCUGAGAGGAGCUCCGCUCGGAGGCGGGGCUAGCGUGCAGAGUGCUGAGGGCAGCCAAUCACGAAUGGGACACGGCAGGCGUUCUGUGCUGUCUGGAUGGGAGAGGGAGUGAGGAUGGACAACCGUGCUGAGUUUGGCAGCCUGUGUCUUACCAGUCAGCGGGAAUGGGACACCAGCAGCUGUGUGGAUGAUCUGAUGGAUGAAGAUGACAAGGAUAGGGCUAAAAGAGCGUCCCGCAAUAAGUCGGAGAAGAAGAGGCGGGACCAGUUCAAUGUGCUCAUCAAAGAGCUCUGCGCCAUGCUGCAGAGCCAUGGACUCCCCCGCAGAAUGGACAAGUCCACUAUGCUGCAGAGCCAUGGACUCCCCCGCAGAAUGGACAAGUCCACCAUCCUCCAGAGGACUAUCGACUUCCUGCAAAAGCAGAAAGAGAUAACAUCGCAGACAGAACUGUGUGAGGUUCGGCAGGAUUGGAAACCAUCGUUUCUCAGCAAUGAGGAAUUCACCCAGUUAAUGCUGGAGGCUCUGGAUGGUUUCCUGAUUGUGCUUACUACAGAUGGGAACAUCAUCUACGUGUCCGACAGUGUUUCAUCUCUCAUUGGCCAUUUGCCAUCAGACAUGGUGGACCAGAACAUCCUGAACUUCUUACCUGAGCGUGAGCACGCAGAGGUUUACAGCCUGCUCUUGAGUGAGCCCAUGACCACUGACCAUCUGGACAGCAAUGACACACAUGUUGAAUUCUGCUGUCAUGUAGUGAGAGGAAACAUUGAUUCAAAGGAUCUGCCCACUUACGAGUAUGUCAGGUUCAUCGGAGAUUUCCGAUUUCAUAACAAUGGGCCUACAUCCUCAUGUAAUGACUAUGAUCUGGUAUUUCCACGAUCACUCCACCCCUCUAUGGAGGAGCAGGUGUGUUUGGUAGCUACAGUCAGACUAGUCACUCCACAGUUCCUUAAGGACUUGUGUAACGUUGAAGACCCAUGUGAUGAAUUUACAUCAAGACACAGUCUGGAGUGGAAAUUCCUUUUCUUAGAUCACAGAGCGUCUCCCAUCAUUGGCUACCUGCCCUUUGAAGUGUUGGGGACAUCAGGCUAUGAUUAUUACCAUGUGGAUGAUCUGGAGCUUAUUGCCCAGUGCCACAAACAGCUGAUGCAGUGUGGGAAGGGGAAGUCGUGUUACUAUCGCUUUCUAACUAAAGGACAGCAGUGGAUUUGGCUUCAGACACACUACUACAUCACCUACCACCAGUGGAACUCCAAACCAGAGUUCAUCGUCUGCACACACACUGUGGUCAGCUAUGCUGAGGUUCGGGCAGAGAAGAGGAGAGAAUAUGGACUGGAGGAGAGCUCUUCUGAUAUUGCCACCACCUCCAUAAAGAGGCAGGUGUAUGUGGACAUGUGUGCUCCUAUGGAUGCAUCGCGGGACAGAAUCAGCUCCGCCUCCUCCCAGAGCUCCCACAAAUCCUCACACACCGCGCUGUCUGACUCUGCAUCUACCUCUUCAGUUCGAUAUAAAGAAACUUGCACAUCGUUGCGACAAUCAGCAUCUGUAGAGAGUUCCAGCAGGCUGUCCCACAGUGGCUCAAAGGCUCUAAUUCAGAGGCAGGGCUCAUCUGAGCCCCUCCCACUUUCACCUUCCUGCCCAGAUAUGGCCUCUGUGCAGCAGAAGGGUGUGUGUGGAGGUGUCCAGCCCCAGCUGGGUGUGAUGCACCAGCUAAGGGAACAGUUGGAGGAAAGGACACGGAUUCUGCAGGCCGACAUCCAAACACAACAACAGGAGCUCCACCACAUCAAAGAGAAGCUCCAAAUCGCGAACCUACAGAUGUUGCUGCAUGGAGAUUUUCCAGGCUCCUCAGGUCCAGCAGCUCAGAGCCAGUCGGGGGUCAUAUGCCACAACAACACUCACACACACACCAAACCCCCAUUCUGCACACCACAUACAGCAUCUUCACAUACACCGCUGCAAGAGCAGACCAGCAGCUCCACUACCCAGAAGCUGGUGCUGAGUGCUCCGAUCCAGACGGUCAGUGUUCCAGUGCAGACACACACCAGCCUGACUAUGCCCCUGUACAGUAACCCCAUGAUGUUCUCUCCAAACCACGGAUACCGCGCCAUCACUGACACACACACGCACCAUCACCCUGAGGCAGAGAACAGUCCAGAUGGACAGCUAAGAAUGUUGUUAAACCAGCCAGUGCAGACGCUACUCUCAGACCACAGUGAACAGACAACUCAUGGCAGUUCUACCAUCCAGCAUACCAAAUAUCUGGACCAGCAAAUGAUGGCUCCUUCCUUUCCAGUGCAACAGCUCAGCUGCAAUGCUGUGCUAGUCCCCUCCCCUGUUUUCACAUCACCAAUCAUGAUCCCCCACAGCAGUUUCAUCACUCCUCGGGCUCCACCCACUUACACACCCCACCCACAGAGCACUCAGCACAGCCUGCACACUCAACCAUCUCAGCAGGUCUUUCAGACACAGGGCAUCAUCCACACUGGCCCUACUCAGGCUUUCUUCCACACUGCUAAUGUCCAGCCACAAGGCACUGUCGGAUACACACAACAACAGCAGCAGCAGCAACAGCAGCUUCCAUCCCAUCCUCUGUCAGGCAGCCUAUCAGACUACCAAAACAUGCUCCCACGGUAGCCCUGCCUCCAGCAGAUAGAGGGCAGCGUUUUCUUUCUGAGGCAAGAGAAGGGGUUGAUGGGAAGACUGUAGAACUGUGUUCUCUGCCAAUCCUAAUCAGCACAAAACCGCCAAAGUCCUGUUUCCACAGCAACACAGACACAUUGUGGAGCCCUCAUCAUGAAACUCUACGUCCUCCAGGACUACACAAGGAUAUGUGGGAGGAGCUAGUCAGCCUUCCUCCCAUUGGUUGAGCCAAAGGUCAGGGAGCACACUGCCCUGCUGAACCUCAUCUGUUGUGAUAUCAUUAUAAUGGCACAUUGAACAGAGUCAUCCAGAAGAAUUGACUUCAACUCUGUUAAAGGAAGGGAGUCUCUGACUUUAGACAACCUCAGAAAAUACCAGCUCGUAUAGUUCUCUUCAGUAACAAGUUUUGUUUUGUCAGGGUUUAUUUCUUUUUUUAAACUUUUUUUCUAGGACUGUAAUGUUAUAGCAGUCUUGCCUUGUGUUUUCCCUCAUCACAAACCAACAGAAACAAACAAACAAUUAUAUAUAUAAACAAACAAAGCAGUAGCUGGGACAGGAAGGUAGGGCAGAAGCAAAGGCAUGAUGAUCUUAGUUGCCCAGGUAAAUAAAAGUUAGAUUAUCUAAACUUGGAGUAUUUCAACUCAACACUUGGGAGGUUUUACUACUCUAUAGGACAAAUCAUUUAAAUCCAGUCUGAAAACUAAGACUGAAACUCCACUUCUUCUAAAUGUUCUUACUGUUUUUCCAUAUAACACUUCAUUCAUAUUUAGUUUGACAGUCAUCGUUCAGUUAAUUGAGGUGUUGAGGGAGAGGUGGGGUUGAAUCCUACACCCUGAGCCCUCAAAAGAAAUACCCACACAAGCAGAUAAAAGUGUCAUACUGAAAUGCACCCAGGCAGUGGAGGUCAGGACGGACACUAGCAUGAUUAGCAAGCUCCGUUUUCUCUCGUGUAAGCCUAUUGGAGCCUACUGAGUUUAGCACCAAGUAUUAUUUUAGCAUUGUUAUAACAAUGAUCCCAUAACUGCAGGCUGCUAGGCUAGGCUUGGAUGUGCAGUGUUUCUCGGAAUAUGUGUGAAAACAAUAACUAACAGUAUUACAGCAGAAUUUUGGAAAAUCACUGCCAUUUUAUCCUCAGAUUUCAAGGUUAACGUGGUUAGGGUAUUUUUUAAUUUAUUUUUUUUGUACUUACAUUUAGCUGACACUUUUAUCCAAAGCAAUUUACAAUUAUG